GGAUCGCUAUAGAUAAAUUAGCGUGGCCCACCUGCACAUGCGCCGACAUGCCGGCUCAGGGAUACCCCACAGCUUCGUACUGUGUACUACAGCAUGUACUAGGGUAAGCCAGUCUAGAGGUAAGCAAGGUACAUAAGUUAACGUUAGUAGGGGCCACCUGCAGGUCCCACAUGGGUCAACAUUCAUGUGUCGACAAAGUCCGAGGCUCCCUUCCUCUCUUCUACCACUACUAUCGACUCUAUACGCGGGCACAUCAGAGCCCCAAUGUUUCUGAACAGCCCUUGUUUGCAUAGAAGCGUUGAGACAUAUAGAGGAUGGAGAGUUCGCCAAAUGCACCCCUGAUUUCUCAUCAAGAAGGCUGCGAUGAUGGCUGCGAGCCUGAGGGCGCUCCGGCAUCCGGAGAUCACGUCAAAAGUGCUGGCAUAGGCGCAUUCAUGUGGCUUUUGGUGUUGUCCGCCGGCAUUAGCGGACUGCUGUUUGGCUACGAUACCGGCGUCAUCUCUGCGACCCUGGUAUCCAUAGAUGCUUCGCUCGGCAAAGAGCUUACCUCGUUCGACAAAUCCAUCAUAACCGCCUCCACUGCGCUCUUCGCUCUCAUCGCGUCCCCCCUUGCCUCGAUUCUGGCCGAUGUCUUUGGGCGUAAGCAGGUAAUUCUCUUGGCGGAUAUACUCUUCAUACUGGGUGCCAUUGCACAAGCGGGGAGCUACAGUGUAUCCUCCAUGGUCCUGGGAAGAUCUAUUGUCGGAGCCGCCGUGGGAGCGGCUAGCUUUGUCACACCAAUGUACAUUGCUGAGUUAGCUCCUGCCGAACAUCGAGGUCGCCUUGUCACAAUGAACAACAUGGCUAUAACAUUCGGUCAGGUAGUCGCUUAUGUCACAGGAUGGAUGUUGACUGAACUUGGUGACCCUUCUACCGGCUGGAGAUGGUUGGUAGGACUGGGCGCCGUCCCAGCUGGGGUGCAGUGCUUUCUCCUAUUAUUCAUGCCCGAAACGCCUAGAUGGUUGGUCAAGGCCGGUAAAUCAUCAACUGCACUGAAGGUCAUACAGAAGACUCUUGCCUCCGAUUCGUUAAGAAGUAGUCAAGUAAAGGCCAUUUUGGCAGAUAUUCAGACUGAAGUCAGGGACGAAGAGCAAGGAAGAUUACUCCUUGGAGGCGGCAAGGAGAACCAGAGCUGGCUUCUUGGACUGCGCGGACUCAUCAGCGUACAGAAACAUCGACGCGCGCUUACAAUUGCAUGCCUUCUACAAUGUCUGCAGCAACUUUGCGGUUUCAACUCACUGAUGUAUUUCUCGGCAACUAUCUUCAAGCUUCUCGGUUUCACCGAGCCGACUCUUGCCUCGCUCACUGUGGCUACGACCAACUUCGUCUUCACUGUGGCGGCACUGCUUCUUAUUGACCGUAUAGGCCGGCGGCGCAUACUGUUAUACUCCAUCCCUUUCAUGGUCGCUGGUCUUGUUAUAUCUGGCUAUGGCUUCAGGUUUGUCAACCUGUCCGAAGCUCCCAAAUCCGGAUCGUCAUCCUCCCAAGACACGGGUGCGGCUAUCAUUCUAACUAGCAUGACGUUGUAUGUUGCGUCGUAUGCAAUUGGCUUGGGAGUGGUGCCCUGGAUGCAGAGUGAGUUAUUCCCACUCAGUGUGCGCUCUACGGGCAGUGGUAUUGCCACUGCCACAAAUUGGUCUGCAAACUUCGUCAUUGGGUUGACCUUCUUGCCCUUGAUGGACGCUCUUACACCAACCUGGACCUUUGUCCUUUAUGCCGCAAUAUGUGCUAUUGGCUGGGUUGCAGUAUGGCUGAUAUACCCGGAGACUGCCGGCCUAUCUCUUGAACAAACUGCUACGCUGCUCGAACAUGGGUUGGGGCGUAAAACGAUGACUAAAUAGUGCAUGACUAUCUACCAGUAUAUAUCUCAAUAUGCGAGUUAUUUUCUC